GUGGACGUCACUAGUAAAAGCCGAUCAACACUGAAGGCUGCCGUGAAGCAUACAGACAACUACGAGAGCAUUGUGCCGAAGAGGAUCAGGAGAGGCUGUGACGCAAUACAAUGGGGAUAUCCCUGAUGAGAAGGCUUUGAACAUGUGCCGACCUGCAGCUCCCCCACCCCAUCCCACCCCCACCUACCCACCCACACCAAUGAAAUGGAUGAGGCUGGAUUCCACUCCAUAUUUUGUAUUCCGCUUUGCCUUGCCGGUGCAUCUGAUGUGAACACAGAGCGCUCCCCUCCACACAGCAUUUCCACACCAACACGGCGACCAGGGGCUCCGUCUGCUCAGCGAAGUUGAGUCAACACGCCGGGAAACGCGCUGCCUGGAUUCAUGAGGCACCUCCACACUCGCAGUCCUCUUCUCUGCGGGCGCCGGGGGACUUUGAACCGUUUUCGGUUGCAACAGAGCCCCGUUUAGCUCUGGGAAAUGUGUUGGUAGACACCAAGAGUUUAGUUGCAACCAUUAAACACCCACUCAUUAAGUACCUGCGGACCUGCUGCAGGGGAGUUUUGCCAGCAAGCGGGAUAUAUAUCCUACUGCAGAGAACCUUAAACAAUAGGGAUCUUCACAGAAGUGAACAAUGCUCAGACUAGAGACCAUCAUUUGCACUUUUUCUGUGCUGUCGGUUGCAGCAAGAGCAGAUUUUAAAGCACGGAACUGCAGCGAGGUGAGGGAGGCUUGUAUCGGGAAAGGCUUCAGCUUCGCACAUGUUCCUCUUCAGGAGAUCCCAGGUGAACAUCUUCGUGUAUGCCCUAAAGGAAACACAUGUUGCACCCAGGAAAUGGAGGACAAAUUUGGACAACAGAGUAAACAGGACUUUGAGAAUCUCGUUGAUGAAAUGAGUCAUGAGUUGAGAAGCACCUUUGUUUCCAGACAUCAGAGAUUCGAUGAAUUCUUCCUGGAGCUGCUGGAGAACACAGAGAGGUCUCUGAAUGAGAUGUUUGUGAGGACUUACGGCAAGCCUUACAUGCAGAACUCGGAAGUCUUUGAGAAUCUGUUUGCCGAGCUGAAGCGCUAUUACACAGGAGGGAAUGUUAACCUGGAGGAAAUGCUUAAUGACUUUUGGUCGCGGCUACUGGAGCGCAUGUUCACGCUGCUCAACUCCCAGUACGUCAUCACUGAGGACUAUCUGGAGUGUAUCAGUAAGUACACCGACCAACUCAAGCCCUUUGGAGACGUGCCCAGGAAGCUCAAGGCUCAGGUUACCCGGGCAUUCAUCGCUGCACGCACAUUCGUCCAAGGGCUCUCUGUUGGCCGGGAGGUGGCCCAGAGAGUGUCUAAGGUAAGCAGCACUCCAGCAUGCAUGCGAGCGCUGACAAAGAUGCUGUACUGCCCUUUUUGUCAGGGCAUGCCAGCAGUUAAACCCUGUAAGAACUACUGCCUGAAUGUCAUGAAGGGCUGCCUGGCCAAUCAAGCUGACCUGGAUCCAGAGUGGAACCAGUACAUUGAUGCCAUGCUGCUGGUGGCGCAGAGGCUGGAGGGACCUUUCAACAUUGAAUCUGUCAUGGAGCCUAUUGAUGUCAAGAUUUCAGAGGCCAUCAUGAAUAUGCAAGAUAACAGUGCCCAGGUCUCCUACAGGGUUUUUCAAGGUUGUGGCCAGCCAAAACCCGCAGGAAUGACUAGGUCUGCCCGUGGUGUUUCGGAUGUGUUCAACGCCCGCUUCAGGCCAUACAGCCCAGAGGAGCGGCCUACCACUGCAGCUGGCACAAGCCUAGACAGACUGAGGAUUGUUUGGAAUGCGAUGCAACACAGUGUGGUGGACAUAAAAGAGAAACUGAAGCUGUCCAAGAAAUUUUGGUCCAACCUGCCUGAGGCGAUGUGCGUGGAGGACAGAGUGACCGCUGGAAAUGCCAGCGAUGAGGAGUGCUGGAAUGGACACACCAAGGGCAGGUACUUCCCUGAAGUCCAAAAGGAUGGACUGACCAACCAGGUGAAUAACCCUGAGGUGGGCGUGGACAUCACCCGCCCAGACACUUUCAUCCGCCAGCAGAUCAUGGCUCUGAGGGUGAUGACCAACAAGCUGAAAAAUGCCUACAACGGCAAUGAUAUCUACUUUCAAGACUCAAGCGAUGAAGGCAGUGGCUCAGGCAGUGGCAGCGGCUGCACAGAGGUCUGCCCCACAGACAUGGACGGUGCUGCCACCGAAGCCCCAGUGGUGAAAGCCGACCGAAGCGGGCCUGUGGGUUACUCUGCCCCGCUCCACGCACCCUCUGUAGCCCUGCCAACCAUGCUAGCCCUCUCAGCCCUGGCAUUCCACCGACAAUGGAGAUAAUGCUGGAGGAAUGGGCCAAACAUGGACAGCAGGGUUUUUUUUUUUUUUUUUUUUUUUUCAGUUUUUGUAUUCAGGCAGAUUGGAGCUACAGUCAAGCAGACAGUAUUCAGGCUGCCAGCCUUGAGGCUAGAGGAGUCUGCUCUGAAAAAGAGAGCAGUCAUGCAUCAUGAUUUCCCACUUUCCCAAAGAUCGUGCAGUGCCAUCCUUAGACUUGAUAUUUUACGGCAUCACUUCACCAUCUAACACGGAUGCUGACCCAACUCAACAAACUCUGCUUCAGAGAUUGAAAAAAAAAAGUAUUUCUUGCACAUAUGGCAGGUAUUAAUGUAGGUAAUGUGGAAAAAUAUAACACGCACUUUGAUUGUUUUGAUUUUUUUAAAUGCAAAAAUUGUUUGUGUGUUGAAAAAUGUUGAGAAUGUGGUUAUUUGAUGCACCUAAAAGAGGCACAAUAAGUUUCAUAUUUGUUUAAUAUUAUAUUUUAAAACAAAGACAAAGGAUAAUGAGCUAAGUGACAUAAAAUUCAGGAACAUGUCAUUUCCAUCUAAAGUUUUAAUUGAAUUUUUGUUCCACUGUUAUUCACUCGUGCCAAUUAUUGAUUUUGAGAGAAGUGAUUUGAAAAUUCAUCAGAAAUGUCAUGUUUUCAUGUUUGUUUUUAGAUCGAAUGCAGACAUUAUAAUCAUGUUGCUUCAUCUUAUGAUUUACAAUCAUUUCAACCAUGGAAUUUGGCAAGAUUUUAGGUUAAUUUUACCAUGUGUUGGUUCAUGGAUCUGCUCUGCUCUUAGCUAUCCAUGAAACUGUUCAACAGCUGCCUUGUGCUACAAAUCACAAUAUGUUAAAAGGGAUAAGAUUGACAUUUUUAUAUACUCAUUUGCCUUGUAACAAAUUUAUUAUCUGCAAAAAUGUUAUCAUAUAGUGCUGGUUUCUCAGGCUCGGCUUCAAGAGUAGACAGCCAGGACAGAAUUAUUAUGGAGCAGUUUUUGUCGUACAGAGGCGACAUACAGUACAGUAGUGCCAUCAGUGUGAUGUUGGUUCUGUUGUGUUGUGGGGUGCAUGAAAUCAAUUAAUUCACGUCAGAGCGGGCUAAACGAAUUCUAAUCCUCACUGAUAUAAAAUGAUUGAUUGAUAAUAUAUUUCUGUUUUUUUAUGUCUCCAUUAAGUGACUGGUUACAGAGUGUUUCCACCUAACCACUGUAAAGCUUCAGUGGCCUGCCUGCACAACCACUCAAUAAGGAGAUACUACUUUAAAAGAUAUUUAAAUGGUUCUCAAACAAACUCCUUAUAAAGGUAGUCCUACAUAGUAAUCAAAAACCAUGACUUUGUCCUGUGCACUUUGUGUAAAUAGACAUUGCACUAUUAAAAGCACAGCAAUUCAAUACAAAAUUACCAUGUGCAGCUGUAAUCUCUGCAUUAAUUUACAGUAAUUUGGGCCUAUGAAAGUUUUUCUGCUGCAUCCUCAGAAUACUCUACAAGUAUUUCCAGAAAAAAUGUUUGAUAAAUGCAUAUGUGAUUUAAUAGUCAAAGCUUAUUCUGUAACUGCUGUAACAAUUUAGAUAAAAUAGUCAUUAAAAUGUGCAUUGUAGCAACAAAAGUAAAAUACUGUCAGACAGUAUUAACAAGUCGAAUUGUAAAUCACAAAAUUUUCAAAAAAAAUAAAUGAUUACCACAGUUACGUAAAAGGUGAGGGAAUUAUUAAGAGAGGAAGCAGCAAACGGCACACAGUGGGUACUGGAAAUGCAAAGAAAGGGUCCCUAAAUUUAUCUGCAAAGCUUGAAUGGUUAUGUCUGCUGCACAGACAGGCUUGAGGCCGACCACAGUCACCUGUGAAAUGAGAAUCUGUGGAGACUGGACAGGGCUGAACGCUUCAGUGAAGCUCCUCAGUAGAGCGUACUUACAGAGAAUGUGAGAGGCCUGGCACUGCUGAGGGGGGCGGACAAAACCAGCCUGUAUGUACGUCCACUGUUCUCUGAGAACCCGUCAGCUCCAUAACCACCAGGCCAGCUAAGCUUACAUAUCCACAGAAUUAGCCUGUGUUAUACCCUUCGCAGUAUAUCAAUGAAUAUUUGUUGAGCUUUUCUUUGUUGCAUUUAAGUCAGCGUUUGCAUCCACAUUGCAAGAACAAAAAAUAUAGACAAAUCUGUCAAAUGUUUCAUUCAAAAGGAUUCUUUAUUAUGAAUAUUGACCUUACAGGAUGCCCUUUUUAUGUUUUGUAUCAUUGAACUUUUAAUGGUAAUAUUUUUGCAAUAAAAUAUUGAAAAUGGUUGUCUGGUCAGACAAAUGAUCUGAAAAAUAGAAUUAGCAGGAAACGCUAUAAGUCAGCAUUUUUUACAAUCAAUGCAUUGCUGUAUGAAUUCAAAUCCUGAUGAGGUGAAGUCUGUUUGCAGUUUGAAUAUAAUUUCAAACUGAGAGGGGAUGAAGAACUAGAUGAGCAAAUAUGCCUUACUGUUUUUCAGUGCAAUUAAGAUGAUUGCAUUUGUGUUUUGUUACUGUUCUUGAGAAUAAAUAUUUAUUAAAAACGUU